AGAGGAAGGUGUGGUCUGGACGGGCGAUGCUGCAUCCUUUGUUAAACCUGCAGUUUAAUGUUGAAUAGUGAAUCGUCAAGACGCGGAAUCAGUUUACGAUCGAUACAGACGUUGUGAACAAAAUCUUAGUUCUUGAUAAAACUGUAAAUGUUGUCGGGAUUUGCUUCCACGUUGUUUUUUCUUUGAUUUCCACCUGUAGCAGGAAUGAGGACGUGACCAGCCUGCUCAAAGGAGUGAAGUGAAAGCUGUGAUCGAACUUGGAUUGAACUCCGAUUGAAGUUUAGAAGAAGAGAAGCACAAAUGAAGCAGUGCUAAGGAUCCACACUGUUGAUUCGACCAAACAGCGAGACGCGCCCGCUUUCCUCCUGACCAUGUUCACUGGCACCAUGCGCUCCUCGCCGUAAGCCGCUGCUGUGGAGGAUCCGCACAUUAUGAGACGCCAUGGCAUGGUGUGACCGAGGGGUUCAGACUCUGCUGGCCAUCGUGGGAGCCUUCGCCGCCUUCAGCCUCAUGACCAUCGCCAUCGGCACCGACUACUGGCUUUACUCCCGGGCGUACAUCUGCAACGCCACGAAUGUCACCGCCGACGAAACCCAGAUGCAAACCAAGAAAGUCAAAGGCGACCUGACGCACUCCGGGCUGUGGAGAAUCUGCUGUAUCGAAGGUAUCAACAAAGGAAGCUGUUUUCGUAUCAAUCACUUUCCAGAGGAUAACGACUACGAUACAGACAGCUCAGAGUACAUCUUACGUAUAGUUCGUGCAUCAAGCCUGUUCCCCAUCCUGAGCACCAUCCUUCUCAUGUUGGGCGGCCUGUGUGUCGGGAUUGGACGCAUCUACAGCAGCAAAAACAACAUCCUGCUGAGUGCAGGCAUCCUGUUUGUGGCUGCAGGCUUGAGCAACAUCAUUGGCAUCAUUGUCUACAUCUCCAGCAAUGCUGGAGAUCCCAGUGACAAGAAGGACGAGGACAAGAAGAACCAGUACAACUACGGCUGGUCCUUCUACUUCGGUGCCCUCUCCUUCAUCGUGGCCGAGUCGGUGGGCGUCCUCGCAGUCAACAUAUAUAUCGAGAAAAACAAAGAGACGCGCUUCAGAGCCAAACGUGACUUCAUCAAAACCACCUCGUCCUCGUCCCCGUACUCUCGCAUACCGAGUUACCGCUACAGACGACGGCGCUCACGGUCCAGUUCGAGGUCAACCGACCCGUCCCGUGAUCCGUCCCCGGUGGGACUGAAGAUUGGUGCAGGGGGAGGAGGGGGAGGAGGGCUGGGGAUGGGUUUGCCAAUGGGGGAUGUAUCCCUGUACGCCCUCAGCAGGGACCCUUUGAAGGGUGGGAGCGGGACUGCAGGCCCCUACAGCCCCGAGAGGGACUCUGGGUUUUUACAAGUGCACAACUGCUUCCAGAAAGACAUGAAGGAUGGAGUGAACCGGAGGACCACGCCCGUAUGAGGUCAGGAGUCUAUUGUUGUGCUAAACAAUAAGCUUGAUGGAACACAUUAGAGGUUGUACAGUUGAUGAGAAUGGACAAUUUCUCCCCAGGACUGUUCACACGGUAGCGAUGCUGAAAGGUCAGAGCUCAGAAUAGGUUUUCUCACAUCCCUCUGAGACAGAAAAGUGCGAAUGCUUCAUUUGGUGGAGGAGGAACGCUCAUAUCAAAGUCAUUUUCUUUGAUAGGACUCUUUAAAAAUUGGUUGCAGAAAUUUUGUAGCAAUGUUUGAAGAGUUUUAAAAUAUGACGCCUGCCGUUUGAAAAGAAAGGAACUUCAGCUCUUACAGAAAGCCUUGAAAAUCUUUUACCUGUACUGGUAUCCUUUAAAGGUAGUCACUCAGUGGCUCUGCCUAAUAAGAGGAUUAACCUUUUGUAGACUUAAGGCUCGAUAUAUUAAAGAUUCAGAGUAUUGAAUUUAUGGUAACAAUGUUUUUCUUCUGAAUUGGUGUUUUAAAAUGGAAAGUGAUUCAUGUGAUUGUUAUCGGAGUAUUAUCGUGUUGUACUUGUUUGUAACUUAACACAAAUGGUGCUAAUCUGUUCACCUUUGAUGAUCUUAAGCCUUCUCGACUCCCCAUUUAAACACUUUUAUUGUAUCUCAAUAACCUCUCUCUCAAACUUCUAUGUGAGUUCUGUGAUAAAUGUUGCAGUAUGAUGUGAGUGUGUGUUACGGCUUUGAAACACUGCCACACUAAGACACAUUCAUCCUAUGAGUAUGGAUACCUGUAGAUAUGGAUUAACGAGGAUGCCGAGGCGCGCCGUACAUUCAGUACAUUCCAGUAUGCUGUGAGGUGCAUUAGUGUAGACAUUAUUUGUACAGACAGCCCGUGUAGUUUACUCUCCAUUCACUCAGGGACGAUGUAGGGAACUAAUGAAUUCCUUACCGAAGCCAGACAGACUGUUACAGUUGGUGUGCGUGUUAAAGCAGAGGUGAGAUCAUGCUCUGUGUGCGUUGCUGUUAAUUAACUCUUGUUUCUGCAUUUACUGCCUUUGUGUUCAAAGUUUUUUUUGUUUUGUUUUGUUUUGUCUGGUACAGAUUCUUGAUCAUGCUGCAAGAAAACACACUUGUAGAUUCAUAUGUAAAGUAUUUCUGUAUUGCUCCCCAUCAAGAAGAAACGAUGAUUUUCAAAGAAUUGACGAGAAACAAUAAAUCAUUUUGUGUCAGGA